CAAAGGACUUACCCAAGCAGCGACUGCGGCACUACGUGUUAAGCAUAUUGUUCAAGCAGCAGUGGGAGGAUGGAGCUGGAUGGCCUUCAUGUUAUGAGAUGCUAUGGCUCGCAUCUUUCACACUGCGUGUGUGUGUGUGUGUGUGUGUGUGUGUGUAACUGUGUGGGGGGUAGCAGGGGGAGAGAAAGAGAACGAAGGGAGAGAGAGAGAGACAGAGACAGAAACAAAGAGGGCGGACGCGGUGCAGUAAAAGCAGAUGGGCGGACCCAAAUUUCUUCUGCUUCACGAUUUUGCGGAGGUCCACCCCUGCAUCCAGCCUUGAAACACAGGGUGGGGAGGAGGCAGAAAGGGGAGGGACUGCACUCCCUCUGAGCGUGCUAGCCCCGACUGCCUGACGGAUCACCCUUCCGCUCCAACAUGGCUAGUUCCUCAACGCCGUGACUCAAGCCUGUUGUGCCAGGCAGGGCGCACUCAGCAGCGCAGCCCCACAGGUGGCGACCGCUCCGCGAGAGGGUUCCCGCCAGGCUAGGCAGUGGAGUGCCGCACAGCGCGCCUUCCAGCCUCGCAGCCGCCACCCUAGCGGUUCCGACCCGGCGCCAGCAGGCCUGCUUGGUCGAUCUUCGAGCCAAAGAUGCGGCGAGGCUGGAAGAUGGCUCUGUCUGGGGGGCUGCGGUGCUGCCGCCGGGUACUGUCCUGGGUGCCAGUGCUCGUUAUUGUCCUCGUCGUGCUCUGGUCCUACUAUGCCUACGUCUUUGAACUCUGCCUGGUGACUGUUUUGAGCCCAGCAGAAAAAGUUAUUUACCUCAUACUCUACCAUGCCAUCUUUGUGUUCUUUACCUGGACCUACUGGAAGUCUAUCUUUACACUCCCACAGCAGCCAAACCAGAAGUUCCACUUGUCCUACACAGACAAGGAGCGCUAUGAAAAUGAAGAGAGACCUGAGGUCCAGAAGCAGAUGCUUGUUGAUAUGGCCAAAAAGCUACCGGUUUACACAAGAACUGGAAGUGGAGCUGUACGAUUCUGUGACCGGUGUCAUCUGAUCAAGCCAGACCGCUGCCACCACUGCUCUGUCUGUGCUAUGUGUGUGUUAAAAAUGGAUCAUCACUGCCCUUGGGUUAAUAACUGCAUUGGAUUUUCCAACUACAAAUUCUUCCUUCAAUUCUUAGCUUACUCUGUUCUCUACUGCCUGUACAUUGCUACAACAGUCUUCAGCUAUUUCAUCAAAUACUGGAGAGGGGAAUUACCCAGUGUUCGCUCUAAGUUCCAUGUCCUUUUUCUUCUCUUUGUGGCCUGCAUGUUUUUUGUCAGCCUUGUGAUUCUCUUUGGUUACCAUUGUUGGCUUGUCAGCAGAAACAAAACCACCUUAGAGGCCUUCUGCACUCCAGUGUUUACAAGUGGCCCAGAGAAAAAUGGGUUCAAUCUUGGCUUCAUCAAGAAUAUCCAGCAGGUGUUUGGAGAUAAGAAGAAGUUCUGGUUAAUACCUAUUGGUUCCAGCCCUGGUGAUGGACACUCCUUCCCUAUGAGGUCUAUGAAUGAGUCACAGAACCCACUGCUAGCAAAUGAAGAACCCUGGGAAGACAAUGAGGAUGACAACCAAGAUUAUCCAGAAGGCUCAUCAUCUCUUGCUGUGGAAACAGAAACAUAGCAGUUUUCACAUUUCCUGCAUCUCUCAGACAGGACUCACCAUCUCUGCCUCCCAUGAGGCUUACAGAGUUCAAUGUUGGAAAUCAUUGUAAUCUUCAAAAUAAGUCACCGUGUUGGAUUGAAAGCUUCAAAAUUUGAAAGAAUUCCAUCAAAUACUUGCUGUGUAAAUGUUUCUGGACUUUAUGUUAUUUAGUUUAGUGACUGAAAUCCAAUUUGGAAUUUGGUAGCAGUUAAUUCAAGCCAAUUUUUUUUGUUUCUUCAUUUCCCCUCCCCGAGUGCAUGAAAGCCUAAAUGUAAAAUAUAUCCUUUCAUUCAUGUUAUCAGGUAAAAGGAAAUUCAGAAAAUUUCCUUAGAGUCUUUAAUUCCCCCACAAAGAUUAUUAAUCACAUAUAUAGGGCCUUUUUGGUGUUGAAGGGAAUCAAACUACAUUUGCUGCUUGUGUGCAUGUGCUUUUGUGAACAUGUACAGCAUAUCUAUACAAAAUUCUGCUAUAGUGUGAAAAUCAAGGCUAAAAACUUGAGGCCUUUGUUUAAUUAUGCUUUUCCUCCAAAUAGCAACUUAAAUGUUUGCUAGACUUUGAACCAUCGCUAUAUCAAGUAAGUAUCUAAAAUUUGGGAGGGUGAAUCAGUACACUGUGACCAAGGUCCUCAAAUUGGAACUUGAACAACAAUGUAAAACCUGUUCUGUCACAAAUGUUCCUGAAAGCACCACAGCUACUCAAGAAGAUCAAAUUCAGGACAUAAACUUUAUUAAACAUAAUAACCAGUGUUUUAAAGACUUUUUUGUCAGGGUGUGGUAAAAUUCUCCAAUUACUUUUAUUCAUUUAUCUGCUACCUAGUUUUAUUUUAGCCUUUAUGAGUUAUUUUAUGACGAAAGAAAAUCCAUAAGCCUAAGUUAUGGCCCGUAGGUUUUGUUAAGGGUUUUCAGAGUAAUUUUCAGGUUUAAUUUCACUGCCUUUCAUAAAGGUAAAGUUUCACAGCUGACAUUAGCUUGAGGAUUAGCACUAAAGAGCUGUGUUUUCGUAGCAGGGGCUAUUGUACAGACAGUGAUAACCAAAUAGUAAUAUGCCAAUUCUUUCUUCUUUUUUUAGCUUCAGUAGUAGCUAAGGCAUUAAUACAGUUUGCAUCAAUUUCCCCAUUUAUUUAUAAUCAGCCUUUCUUUUAGUCCUAGUGCCUGAAUCAAUGAGUGAGAAUACUAGUACUUCUUCUUUACAAUAAUAAUAUCUUAAGAGUAUUGAUGUCUUUCAUUUUUUCAUCCAGCAGUCUAGUGCCCAGCUGCUGACAAUAAAAGCUCCAACUCUUUUAGAGAUCAGUGGAAUUUAGAAGCAUCUUACAGGUAUCAAGGAAUUGAGUUUCUGGAGGGAUGGUUUGGCUUACUAAUUUAUCUUCCCUGAAAUAUGUUUGAGUAAAAAAGAGUUGCCUGACACAAUUUAGUGUUGGGGUUCCAGUGGAGCUGAGAAAGUGAACAAUCCAGCUACUUAAAGCAACAACAAAACCUGUUCAUCUGGACCCCUAGGUAAUUUGGCCAAGGUGAGACUUUUGGCAUAAAUUAAAUGGAUUGUGGUCAGCAUUACAUUUGAGAGAAUACUAGACAUGACUACACUUAUUAGGGCUAGUGACUGUUUCUCAAACUCAGAAGCUAAAAAGCAGCCUAGAUGACUAUUCACACACUGGAUUUCAUGAUGAAAUCUUAUAUAUUCAGAUGGAAAAAAAAUUUCCCCUUACACUCUUUCUCAAAAUACUCUCUUGUUUGGGUUUUUCUUGAAAGCUUAUUUGGCCAUCCCCAUGGUUUUAUGACAGACAAGCCUUGUCUUCUAUUCAUAUAGAUAUGCACCUUUUUCUACAUGUAUGGCCUUUACUUACUACACAGCAAGUAGGCCUCAAAGUAAUCUUCCUCUUUCCCAUCAAUCAUCUUCUGCCAAGCAUUCAGGCAGAGCAGCUGUUAACAAUGAUUCAAAGUCAGAAAAACAUCAAGAACUUCUUUGAUGCAUAGGGUGUAUCAGCACUCAGCUCCCACAGAAGUCAAGUCACAAAAUAUAGUGUCAGUUAACUAUAAGGAUGUUCCGGAGGGGUAAAGCUCAGGAAAGCUAUAAUGCAAAGCUGAUUGUUUAAUGUCUUACAGAUUUACACUGUCUUUAAAAGGCCAAAUAAGGCUGGGCGCAGUGGCUCACGCCUGUAAUCCCAACACUUUGGGAGCCCAAGGCGGCCGGAUCACCUGAGGUUGGGAGUUCAAGACCAGCCUGACCAACAUGGAGAAACCCCAUCUCUACUAAAAAUACAAAAAUUAGCCAGGAGUGGUGGCGCAUGACUGUAAUCCCAGCUAGUCAGGAGGCUGAGGCAGGAGAAUCGGUUGAACCUGGGAGGUGGAGGUUGUGGUGAGCUGAGAUCGUGCCAUUGCACUCCAGCCUGGGCAAUAAGAGUGAAACUCUGUCUCAAAAAAAAAAAAAAAAAAAAAAAGGCCAAAUAAAUCAGGGUUUUACCAGGGGGCUCAGAGAUAAAAAGAAACCCUAUUCCUAUCUUAGCAUUUUAGUCUGAUUGGUUUAUAGACUCUGAUAAUAUCUCCAUCCAUGGAUCAUUUGAGUAUUGACUAAUGUACAUAGGUACCCAACUGGUUGAUUAUUAAUCAAGAAUACAGAGUUUUGUUUAAUAAUUAGCACACCCUGAUCUGGCUUCUUUGCUUGGUUUUCUUUGGAUCCCUGUCCAAUAACCUCAGUGGAAUCUCAUUCCCUAAUCAUUGAUACUCAUUUUCUCCGUUUGCAAAAUGAAGAUACUCAUUGUUAGGAUCCUACUGCUGAAGGGUGCUAUGUAACUUUCUAGUGCUCUUAUAUGUCUUUAAUUAUAGGACUGGAAUGAAAAAUUUAACCAUACAGUAUUUCUAAGCAAAAUAGUGUACUCCAUUCUUUUGUCCAUGCUCUUAUUGCUGAUUUGUUCUUGCAGGACUUAGAGCACUUUGUUAAUGUUCUUCCAUUCACUCCAACAGUGUCCUCAGAAAGAGACAGAAUAAAAAAAUUGUUCCCCAUGGUACAGCUGGAAAAAUUAAGGGGAAAAGAGAUUAAGUGGUCCCCAAUGGAACACAGCUGUCUGUCUUUUGCAGGGCUCACAGUUACCAUGUUCAGUACACGGUUAAAGUAACUUGGCUUCCCAGGACUGGAAUUAUCAUGGAGCAGUUAGAAUUUUGAGAGUAAUUACAACAGGAUCACAUUCUGAAAGAGUCACAUUUUGUCAAAAAUCUGAAAAGUAUGCAAUUUGUACAACUCUUACUUUCUAUGUGAGAAGAAUGCAAUAUGUGCCUCUUUCCCCUACUAGCCCCAUGUGACACAUAUUUUUCACACUAUGUGGCAUCAACCAGUGCCAUUACCUCCUGUGGCACUGUAGAGCCCAAUCUCAGGGCAGACAUUGCCAAGGUAAAGAAUGCACUCCAUGUUUAUGCCAAAUUGCACAAAGUAUAGACAUUGAGGUUAAUGGAGAUUUAAGCACAAUCCUAUCAAGUCAGUUUUAAGAAUAUUGAAUAUUAUACAUUAUUGUAACAUGAUCCUAAAAUUUAACAGGGCCCAAAUUCAUAGGAAUGUAACAGUCAUUGAAAGCCUAUUCUUUUCACCUCUCAUCACACAUAUCUACAUACAUGUAUGCACAUGUACACACACACACACACACACACACACACACACACACACACAUUUUCUCCAAAGCAGGCUGCCUGUUCAGCAGAAGCAAAUACUUUAAUUUAAAAGAAUGAUUAUCUGUUUUCUCCUUUUAGAAAAAGAGUCUAAGAAUCACAGCAUGUGAAGAACAUUCAAUUUAUACAUUCCAGAAUCUCUGCUCUCAGAGUAGCUAAGAGAUUCGGUACGGAAGACAUUCUAUGGAGAAGCACAGGGGGUAUCUAAUGAGAUUGUCAGGCCCUUGGACAAGAUCCAUAUUCUUAGAGUUCCAUCUCGUUAGGAAUUGGUUGAUGAGUUAUGGUACAUCUGCAUUUCUUUAACCAUAGCUGUAAUGUACCAUAUUAAAUUGUAGCCUUUUGCAUGUGGGUAUUAUAUAAUAUAAUAAUGAAUGGGUGGCUCCUAGUAGCAUGCAACCCAUGACUGUUUACUUCCCUAAAAGGGCUAGGUCUGUGUCCUGCACAGUGUUCAAAACCAUUAAAUGUGUUCUUUUUAGCAGGAUGGUACACAGCCAUCAGCAGAAUGAGUUAAAACCAACAAUGAGUUCAAUAUAUCAGGAAAUAGAUUGUUAGUAGGGAAUUGCAUUAAAGGAAAAAAAAAAUUAGAUAAGAUGCAUUCAAGGAAUAAUUACUUUCACUCUGCUGGCUUAAUCAGUGAAGGAACACAGAAGGAAAGCUGGCAGUGGGUCUUGGUAAUAUAUGAACUAUAUUAGAGUGCCAGAAAAGGAGACCUCGGUAGUUAAGCACAAGUUGCCAAUCUGCUACAAUUAUUUUUCCCACCAAUCUGCUCAAAAUGAUUGUAUAUAGUAUUCUUAAAACCAUGUGUCUUGGUGCAGAAAUAUUGACAAAUGCUGGCCAGCUUUAUCUUCCUAUAUCCUUCAUUAAAAGUAUAUACAUAUAA